GAUGGCGCUGGCCGUAUUUUUCGGCUGUACCUUUGUGGCCUUCGGGCCGGCCCUGUCUCUGUUUAUCCUCACUAUCGCCGCGGACCCGCUGAAAGUCAUCAUUCUGGUGGCCGGCUCCUUCUUCUGGCUGGUGUCGGUAUUACUGUCCUCCUUGAUUUGGUUCAUCUCCGUCCAGAUCAGCAACAAGAAUGACGCCAACCUGCAGUAUGGACUGCUGAUAUUCGGCGCAGCAGUUUCUGUUUUGCUGCAGGAGACUUUCAGAUAUGCAUACUACAGGUUACUCAAGAAAGCAGACGAGGGUCUUGCUACGAUCAGUGAGGAUGGAAGAUCUCCGAUAUCCAUUCAACAAAUGGCCUAUGUAUCUGGCUUCUCCUUCGGAAUUAUCAGCGGAGUGUUCUCUGUCAUUAAUAUACUGGCUGAUGCCAUUGGUCCUGGCACUGUGGGAGUGCAUGGAGACUCACAGUAUUACUUUCUUACUUCAGCAUUCCUUACAAUGGCCAUUGUUUUCCUACACACCUUCUGGGGCAUUGUGUUCUUCGCAGCCUGUGAGAAGCGGAGGCCUCUGCACAUUGUAGGAGUGGUCCUCAGUCAUCUGGUAACAUCUGGCCUGACUUUUCUGAACCCAAUGUAUGAAGCCAGUCUGAUUCCAAUUUACAUAAUCACCCUGGGCAUGGCAUUGUGGGCUUUUGUGGCCGCAGGGGGCAACUAUCGCAACAUCCGAAAAUGCCUUGCCUGUGCCCGCUGAGGAUUAAGGCCCCCGCUCAGCUGCCGUGCAGCCACCAACAGACAUUGUAUAACAGAGUUCAAGUGCUCCUCUCUCCCAGAAGCCGGCUCCCAUUCCUCUGCCUCUCCGGACUAAAUAAAAGACAUUAUUCCUCUCAUUCCUUUGCCUCCUUUUCGUCUUAAAGUGCCGGCGCUGGGCCCUACUAAGGCUGCGCAGAGCAAUCUGGCAUUGCUCUCACACUCGACCAAGUACAAUAGCAGAACUCUGGAACACACACGUGCCGUCCCUGGAACGGAACCUUCACAUACACAUAAUACUGUACCUCUUCUUUAUUUCUACUUGGUCAUUCCAUUGCUAGAUUUUCUUUUCAGCCAGUUGAGAUUUGAUUGUCUGUUCUACACCAGUUGAGUUUUCUCUUCCAUUCGGCUGAAAGUUUCUCUGAUCAUUUCCUGCCUGUUGGACAUUGACUGGGAGUUUCCUUUCUGUUUGAUGUCAGUUGAGAGUUUCCUCUUCUGUUCUACAUCAACUGAGAGUUUCCAGUCUGUUCAAGAUCAACUGAGAGUUUCCAGCCUGUUCUACAUCAACUGAGAGUUUCCAGUCUGUUCUACAUCAACUGAGAGUUUCCAGCCUGUUCUACAUCAACUGAGAGUUUCCAGUCUGUUCUACAUCAACUGAGAGUUUCCAGUCUGUUCUACAUCAACUGAGAGUUUCCAGUCUGUUCUACAUCAACUGAGAGUUUCCAGCCUGUUCUACAUCAACUGAGAGUUUCCAGUCUGUUCUACAUCAACUGAGAGUUUCCAAUCUGUUCUACAUCAACUGAGAGAUUCCAGUCUGUUCAAGAUCAACUGAGAGUUUCCAGCCUGUUCUACAUCAACUGAGAGUUUCCAGUCUGUUCUACAUCAACUGAGAGUUUCCAGCCUGUUCUACAUCAACUGAGAGUUUCCAGUCUGUUCUACAUCAACUGAGAGUUUCCAAUCUGUUCUACAUCAACUGAGAGAUUCCAGUCUGUUCAAGAUCAACUGAGAGUUUCCAGCCUGUUCUACAUCAACUGAGAGUUUCCAGCCUGUUCUACAUCAACUGAGAGUUUCCAGCCUGUUCUACAUCAACUGAGAGUUUCCAGCCUGUUCUACAUCAACUGAGAGUUUCCAGCCUGUUCUACAUCAACUGAGAGUUUCCAGCCUGUUCUACAUCCGGCUGAGCGUUUCCUUUCCAGCCUGUUCAACAUCAACUGAGAGUUUCCAGCCUGUUCAACAUCCGGCUGAGCGUUUCCUUUCUGUUCAACGUCACCUGAGAGCUUCUGUUCAACAUCUGGCUGAGCGUUUCAAGUCUGUUCGAAAUCAACUGAGAGUUUCUCUUCUGUUCAACCUCACAUGAGCGUUUCUCUUCUGUUCAACAUCCGGCUGAGAGUUUCCUGUCUGUUCAGCGUCACCGGAGAGUUUUUUGUCUGUUCGGCAUCCAAUCUGGUAGUUGCUUUGGAGAUUGAGGAAUGCAACACUAAUCUGUCUGAGCGGGCGUCUGCUAUUGGACUAUAACUCUGGACAUGGAACGGAUUGCUUUUAUUUUGGCAUCCACAACAGUCCAAGGUGAGACUGAUCCUCAGGUAGAGGGGACACAGUUGCACUGUAUUUUCUUUUUUUAACCCUACUCUCACCCGAUCCCUUACAGCAAAUGUCUACACUGGGCUCCCUGCAGCCAUUUUGCUCCCAAUACUGGAAGGAGGGACUCCUCAAUUAAAUGUAUUUUGACUGUUUCUGACUAACAAAUCGCUAAUCAGCGCACCAAUAAUCUCCUGCCUGUCUCAAAGGAAUCGUAAGUGUGUCUUUAACAUGGUUAUUAAUGUUCAUGACUUCAGCUGGUUAACACGUCAUGCAAUACACUGGAAGCCCUGAGCAACUCACAGGCCAUGCCCAUCUAUUAGUUCCAGGUUAAAACUUUGUCGUGACUUAAGUCUGAUUCACAUUUCUGCUGCAGAUGAACGGAACCAGUUAUUGGUUAAUGAACUGAAAAUGUUAACCGACCUCUAAUGAAAUAAUACAAAAUGUCUUUUUAAUCUACAAGCAGGCUUUGUGAUUGGCCUACAUAACCGUGGAUGGCAGCUUUCAUCUCCUGCACUGGUCUGUAUACACAUGGCCAAGCUGAGCCCAAGGGGAAAGAGUUAACCAGUGGGAAUCUGUUGCAUACUCCAUUUGAGUUACUCUGAUUUGGAUUUUACUUAGUGCAGAUGUACUAAAAUAUUGGCGGCACAGAAUUCUUUGCUCUGUAGAGUCUCCAGUAUAACUUGUGAGCUGUGCUCAGCCCUUAAAGGAUAAGUAAACCUUUAAAAUAAGUGAAAAUAAAACUGAUGAGAACUUUUACAUGUACUGUUAAUAUCGAUGAAUUUUGUUCCAGCAGGUGGUGCUGUUGUAACAAAAUUCAUUCAUAUUAACAGUACAUAUAUCCCUUAAUAUCUUGGAAUGAAAACAAAAUAAAUAAUGUACAUUACAAAAGUACUUAGAAUAUCCCUGUCAUCAAUUUUACAUUCACUUGUUUUAAAGGUUUACUUACCCUUUAAACCACUCAGCUGUCAGGGGUGUUAUCUGCUGUUAACCAACAAAGACAUCAGUACACCUGUGUUUUUUGGUGGCACCUCCUCCCAGUUUUGGGGUGAGACGUUAUUGUCUCUUUACUAUGCACUGAAAGCAGGGGAGACCCCUACCCAAGGGGAAACAGCUGCCAGUUCUUCCCUCUCAUCAGCAGGUAAUAUCUGAUUUCACAAUGGAAAGUGCUGCCACUGUUAUUACAGCCCUGCAAUACAUUUUCUCAAAUAAAGCGAGUCUGUUGCCAUGUU